AUGUCUCAAGACGCAAGCUUGAGGAUGCAGACAUUGCUGUCAUGGGCGGACCGAGUGGUGGAAGAGUAUCUCUUGUUCAGAGGCUUCAUACAAGCUCAUAGGUCGUUCCUGCAAGAAACAAAGAACGACAGACUGCACGAAUUCCAAGUUGAGAAGAUAGUCGAGGAGCUUCUCCGCCUCUUGACGUCGUUCCAGUACCAGGCGAUGAUGGAUCUGUGGUUCUUCCUUCAAGAACGAUUCUUCACUCGCAUGAGCAGCAAGUUCUGGGCUGUUAUGAAACACCUCGAGUGCUCGCUGCAACGUUUCUACCUAGUCAACGCCUGCCAGUCGGAUCGGAUGGAUAAAGUCAAAGAGGUGCUCGAGACUGAAGCCGAAAGUUUUCGUUCGGUCAAGGAUUGGGAGAUAUGGUUUCAACUCCCUUACGUGAAGGAUCCGGCUUCGGAUGCUGCCUUCCAGGUCUAUUUCACCAAGGAAUGGGCAUCUCAGUUAGUUGUCAGUGUGCAUAACUUGUUGGCGACUGUUUUCCAUGAGGUGGCAGUCCCAGCAAUCCUUCAAUGCUACUUGAACUUGACCAAGAUAGACAAACUCGAGAAGCAAGUAAAAGAUCUGACCAGACAGAACCAGGCGCUUAAGGACGAGCUGGUCAGCAGCCGUUCGAACCCUUCUUCGACUCUGAACCCCUCGGAUAGCGUCGAACAAACUCCUCUCCCAACUGCAGCGCGUCUGGAGGAGCAGGAGAAGCUUGACUUGUUGGACCUGUCUACGGCCUUUGCCUCGAGCCUGAAAGAGAGUAUGGAGUCACAGGGUCGUCCGGACGAGCAGGACUAUAAGACGCUAGCGUCAAACGACCCCGAUGCUCAAGGUUCUGAUCGAGGUGCCGGUGACAGUAUGCGAUCGCUGUACGAUGUUGUAAAUGAGAGAGUGUUCCCGGGACACAGCAGCAGCGUCCUUUGUUGUAGAUUCUCUGGAGACGGUGGGAACUUUGCAUCGUCUUCGCAAGACCUGUCUGUCAGGAUACAGGUCCUUCCAAAUGCAAGAGCAGCACAGAUGGAGCGAUCAGCAACCAUUUUCCUGAGCUCCCCGGCGCUGACCUUAUCUUGGGAAAAACGUUACGACAGGCUGCUCCUUAUGGGCACAGCGAAAGGUGAACUGAAAGCAUGGGAUGCUGACACCAAGAACAUGGCUUUUGAGACCUCAGCAGACAAACAGAAUGCGCAGAUGAUCAACCUCAGCCCAAAUCCAGACGGUUCUUCCGUAGUUGCAGUUUGCUCCAACAAGCAGAGCACGUGGUCUCAACUACAAGUCUUUUCUCUGAGAGGCGGCAAGAAGACCCAGGUGCUCGAUGCCAAGGAAGGGUUCAACUACCGCGGCAUCGACCACAACCACAACGGAUCACUCCUUGCAGUCUCUGCGAACAAUCUCAUCCAGCUCAAGGAUCUGAGUACCAUCAUGGAGUGGAAAGCGCAUGAUGCAGCGAUUUCUUGUGUGAAGUUUGGGUACGAUGAAACGACCAUCAUCUCCGCUGGAGCAGAUGGAUACGUCAAAGAAUGGAGCGCACACUCUCCUGGCAAGGAGCUCUUCUCUCAACGGAUGAUCAGCGGGGAUGAAGAAGCAAUUAUGGACGUCGCUCUGAGCCCGAUUGGAAGACAUGUGAUUGCAUGCUCGGGAAAUUAUGUAGCUGCGCAUCUUAUCGAUCCACUGGACUCGAGGCUUCAGCAGGUUGGGGAGCAGCAAUCUACGAUCUCUUGCGUUGAUUGGAGUCAGGACCAAGGCAACGUCACAAUUCUGACAGGAUCCGUCGAGGGAUUGGUCAAGGUGGUCGGGCUCGCAGCCCUCUGA